GGCCAGAGAGGGCAGCGUGACAAUCCAUUUGGAUGGUCUUACGUUAAUUUGGAGACGAUUGGGUGUGUCAUUGUAUGAAGCACAGCAGUGGGGUCUUUGUUAGAGUUUUGAUUAGCCUUUGAAGCAUACCUUAAAGCUGAACUUUCACCGAUUCUUCGCUAUCUCCACUUCCUGAUCCAUUUGUCUUUUCAGUUCCAUCAAAGGCAGUGUGUUCUCUGUAGGUAUCCAUGGGUACAGCAGCUUUUCUUGACAGGUGAGCUCCCAGAUUUCAGCCUGGCUGGUCAUUUCGGUGCAGGAGUUAAAGGUGAAUUCAGCUCCCGGCCGCAGUCCCCAGGAGGCCGGGCUGGGAGGGGCUCUGUCUUAGUUCAGGGAGGAAUAGUGUGGCCCAGGAUCAGUUCUUUUCACAGAAAAAAUGGAGAAUUCAGGUUCCAAACAGCACAAGGAUGAAGUCAGCAUGAAGCAUUCAAAGUCUCCCUUUGAUCUGAUUGUGAACCAGAUUUGGAGGAAUAAAUCUUUUUCUGAGAGAUGGCCACAAUCUUCAAUGGCUCGCUUCUUUAAGAUCACUGAGAAUUCUAAUGAAGCUGCCUGUGUGACGGAACAGUCGAAGGAAGGAAAAACCUCACUGGAUUCAGAAAAUAAAGAGAAUAUUUCAAAGAUAUCAGAUAAAUUGAAGUCCACAGAUCCUGAGAGCAGUGCAACAAGAUGGGAUCAAGUCGUUGAGUUCAUGGAGAGGCUGGGCAAGGAGCCAGACCCUAAAUGUAUGGAUCUUAAUAACAGCAGCCUCACUGCUAAUGAUGCAGUUAAUUUGGCUGCCUUGUUGCCAAACCUGCCUAACUUGGAGGAACUGGAUCUUUCGUGGAAUGAAUUAAUUGGUGGCACUCUCAAAGUGCUGACCAAUCAUAUGCAGCACGUAUCCCAACUGAGGGUACUGGUGCUGGGCAGCUGUAGACUGUCAGAGCUGGAUCUUUCUGCCAUAGGUGACUGGAUUCAACUCUUGCCAAAUGUUGAAGAAAUUGAUUUAUCUUGGAACAGUGAUUUGGGAGGAAAUCUGUGUCUUUUUACUCAGAAGCUCAGAGCAGGCACUAAGCUGAAGAUUCUAAAGCUGGUAGAUUGUAACCUAACUGCAGAAGAUGGAACAGCCUUGGGACAGGCUUUGUCUGUAAUCUCAAAAUUGGAAGUUUUGGAUCUCUCUAUGAAUGAAGAUGUAGGAAGUGGUCUGGAAGUCUUAUUUCGGGAGCUGGCACACGUACCUCAUCUGCAAGUAUUAAAAUUGCAUCUGUGUGGAUUAAGAAGGGCCAACAUCAACAAUUUGGGUGAUGCACUGGAAUAUGUGCCUUGUAUGAAGAAGUUAGUGUUCUCCUGUAAUGACAUUGGUGGUGGUUUCCAGGAGACAGCAGCCCAUUUAUCGAACUUCAAACAGCUCCAAGUGUUCGAUGUACAUAGGUGCUCAUUGACUGAAGAUGAUGUUUCUGCUCUCACCCAGAUACUGCCCCUGCUGUCCAGUCUACAAGUGCUGAAUUUAGCAUUGAAUAAGAAUAUAGGAAACUCUCUGAGGCACCUGAUUGCCCGCCUGCGCUUUUUACCAAGAUUAACAACUCUUGUUGCCAGCAAUUGUAACUUAUCCAAGGAAUCAAUUGUGGAAUUAGCUGACACCAUCCCAAGCCUAACGGAGCUAGAGAUCUUGGACCUGUCCUGGAAUAAAUGCAUCGGUGGAAACCUGGGGCUACUUCUCCAAAUGUUGCAAAUUAGCACCCGUCUCCGUGUCCUGAAGCUGUGUAGCUGCAAUCUAACUGGCCAGGAUUUGGAAUCUCUCGUGUCUGUCGCACGUGCUGGAUUUCUAGAGAACCUUGAGGAUCUGGAUUUAAUCUACAACAAUACUGUCAAUGAUCAGUCUUGGGCAAUGUUUUUCCAAGAAAUUAGUGGCCUAAAGGAUCUGUCUGAGCUGGACAUUGGCCUCCGACCUUUAACUCAUCGAGCAUGCGACCCAUGGAUCACCAUUUUUCUGGACAGCCUGGUUAGGUUUCCCUCCCUCACAGAAUUCAGGAUGCAUCACUGGGUCCUUAGUGCUUCACAACGAAAACUUUUGGAAACUUUCAACAGGGAUAGUAAGAGGAACAUCCUUUUUCACUAUUAGUCAUUUGAAAGAUGCUGAAAUAGAGAUUCAAAGGUUCGGUAUUCAGCACCCUUCAGACUCAUGUCCACCACCAUCGAAAAGGAUAAGGCCAGCAGGUAAAUGGGAAUAUCACCAAGUUCCCCUCCAAGUCACUCGUCGUCCAGAUAUGCCACAACAUCACUACUCCUUCAAUGUCUUUGGGUCGAAGUUCUAUGAUUCACUUCCUAUUCCAUGUGGACUGCCGUGGUUCAAGAAGGCAACUUGCCACCACCUUCUCGAGCGACUAGGGAUGAGCAAUAAAUGGUGGCCUAUCUAGUGAUGCCCACAUCCUACGAAUGAAUUUUUAAAAUGAUUUGGAAGACUGAGGAUCCAACCAAUCCAGCAGUGAAUAAAGCUGAUCAUUUGCUGUAUAGAUAUCAUCAAAGAAUUUUGAAACCAACCCAUCCAGUUAUUUUUGCCUCGAACAGGUCAUAUGAACUGUUUCCCUGAAUUUUGUUUUCUCCAUUCAUGACAUUGAUGUCUUGGUUGUUUCUUUAUGUUCGUGUAUGUGUGUGAGAGUUUUAAAGAAAAGGAUAAAGUUUGUGUUUAGUCAUUAAAUUAGUAAUUCAUUUCUGUUUUAUGCCAUUGGUUGAGAAAAGUGGUUUGUUUACAAUGAACAGUUUUCUUGUUAAUGAUUAUUUGGUAUGUAUUCCCGUUUUAGCCUGAGUCAGAUAAUCCAGUAAAUUGGGCUUUCUGGGGUUUUAAUUAAAUUUUCACAUUUGUGGUCAUUGCAGUGAUAUUGGGAUACUCUCCUAAGCAAGAUGUGGGAGUAGCCAGAGUAUUUGUAUGAUCAAGCUAGUCCAGUUCAAUUUCUGGUCAGUAGUAUCCCAAGGAUGUUGAUGGCAGUAAUUAAUAUUAAACAUCCAACAAAGAGUAUUAAUUUGUAGUCUAAACCUGAAGACAGUCCUUAACUUUUUUGUCUUUUCCUCAAACUGUCUGUCUUGAACCCAAGUUCAUAACGUGGCAUCAAACCACAUGACAAAAGAGGUCUGAAAGAUUGAGUUAGUAAGGGGUAGAGUGAGUGAGACUGAGUUGAUCAGUCUGAAAAUAGGACUGAGGAAUGAUCAAUUGGUGAAUGGGAACUGGGAAUUUUAAAUGUUUUCGAUGAUGAGCCAAUAGGGAACACUAAGGGAAAUCAAGGACCUUGACAGAAGGGUAGUUCCAGAGGACUUCAGAAUUUCAAAUGUUCUUCAAAAAGGGCAUAAAGAUAAACCAAAGAACUACAGACCAAUCAGUUACACCUCUAUCAUGGAAAAUCUUCCAGGAACAAAACUUCAGAACAAACUUCUGGACAAACACAAGUUAAUGAAGUAAAAAUUAGAAUCUGAGAAAAGAUGGUAUAGUGGUAACUCACUGAACACAUAAUCCAGAGAUCUCCGCUGACGGUACAGGCAUAGUUUCGAAUCUCAACUAUGGAAGCUGGUGAAAUCUGAAUUCACUUUCAUUUGGAAUGCAGGGUUAGUUAAAUGUUGAUCACUUAACUGUUGGCUAUGUGACAGGAAUCACAGAAUCAUGUACAAUUUCAGGUUAGAUGAAGAUUUGUACUAGAACUGUCCCACUUCUCCUAGGCACUGGUGUUGGGGCUCUUGCUUGCUUAUUAUAUAUUGGUGACCUAGACUUGGCAUGCACAGGACAGUUACAAUGUUUUUGGAAAACAUGAAAAGUGGCAGCAUUGUGAGCUGUGCAGAGGACAGUGUAGGACUUCACAAUGAUGUCACAAGGUGAAGCAGAAAGACAGUGGCCAAUGAAAUUCAGUGCCUGGAUGUAUAAGGUGAUUUAUUUGGCAGGAAGAACAAGGAUACCACAGUAUAAAAUGAAAGGUACAACUCUAAAGAGGAUAUAGGAGCAGAGAAACCUAGGUGUAUGUGCGCACAAGUUAUUGAAGAUUGUAAAAUUGUUUGAGAAAACAGUUAAUAAAGCAUACAAUUCCUCAGCAUUAUUAAUAGGCUUGUGCUAUUGGACUGGGGUGGACAAAUCAGAGGUCACAUAACAUUAGGUUAUAGUU